GCGAUAUUACUCAAAUUAAAUGUACGAAGCUCGCGAGACCAAUGUUACGUGACGUAGCAUGGUGUUCCACUGACGUACUAGCGCGCGGUAUUAAAGAGUGUUGCUGCUGUAGCAUGUAGCUAUCAAGUAGAUUUCAAAACAGUUAGAAAUGCACCUAUUGUCGUCUGUUUAACAGAGGCAGAGUUCAUCGUUGUUUGUUAAUUUUGGAAACGAAAUGUCUGUGUUCAGCAUGUAUCAACAAGGCAAAAGUAUUCGCUAAAAGCUACCCCUCACUCCUCACUCAAGACUAGACUAGAUAGCUAUUUAGCUAACAUUACAAAGUUAAUUCUAACUUAUGUUAUUGGACAACUGCCGUGGAAGCAUCCUGCAAAAUUCGUAUGAUAAAGUCUCUGGAAUUUUCACAACAGCAGGAUGAUGGAUAGCUGCAAUGAACCAGCUCGAGCCAUCAAGGCUAUUGAUAAACAUUCAGUUCACCAGAUCUGCUCUGGUCAAGUUGUUCUGACUCUUGCGACAGCCGUGAAAGAGCUGGUGGAGAACAGCAUCGAUGCAGGUUCCACCAAUGUUGAAGUCAAACUGAAAGAAAAUGGAGCAGAGUUGGUGGAGGUGUCAGACAAUGGCAGUGGAGUAGAGGAUGCAAAUUUUGAAGCGCUAACCUUAAAGCACCACACGUCCAAGCUGCGUGAGUUCUCAGACCUAAUUCAUGUGGAGACCUUUGGCUUCCGUGGGGAAGCCCUAAGCUCUCUCUGUGCUCUCAGUGACAUAAGUGUGGUGACGUGUCACAAAACUGCCCAAGUGGGCACGCGGCUUGUGUUCGAUAAUAACGGCCGUCUGACACAGCGGUUGCCCCAUCCCCGUCAGCAGGGCACCACAGUCAGCCUGCAGCAGCUCUUUUACACUCUGCCUGUUCGACACAAGGAGUUCCAGCGCAACAUUAAGAAGGAGUAUGCAAAGAUGAUGCAUGUCCUGCAGUCGUACUGCAUCAUCUCCACUGGUGUUCGCAUCACCUGCACUAACCAGGUGGGUCAGGGGAAACGCAACACCGUGCUCUGCACCAGCGGGAGCAACGGCAUGAAGGACAACAUUGGAGCUGUGUUUGGACCCAAGCAGCUUCAGAGCCUGAUCCCAUUUCAGCAGCACUCCCCGACAGAGUCAGUGAAGGAGGAUUAUGGCCUCAGCAAAGCUGAACUUCCCACAGAUAUCUUCACUCUCUCUGGUUUUAUAUCCAGAGGCGACCAUGGUGUGGGAAGAAGCUCAACAGAUAGGCAGUUUUUCUUUGUCAACAAAAGACCCUGUGACCCCACAAAGAUUUCAAAACUGGUAAAUGAAGUUUACCAUAUGUACAACAGACAUCAGUAUCCAUUUGUUGCUUUAAACAUCACCAUUGCUUCAGAAUGUGUGGAUGUGAAUGUCACACCAGACAAGCGUCAGAUCUUCCUUCAAGAGGAGAAGCUUCUGCUGGCUACCCUAAAGAGUUCACUGAUUGCAAUGUUUGAAACUGGUGUUAACAAGAUCAGCCUCAUCAACCACCCUGCACCCAGUGCAUGUCGAUUGGUUAACAACGCUUAUAUUGCUGAAAGACACCAGCCCACCAUUUCAGAGGAAGUUACUGAGGAUGCUCCCGAUUCUGCUCUAUCUAGCCCAAGGCCGCCAUCCCUCAACCUAGCAGGCUUAAAAGCAGCCUUCUCUAAUCAGCAGUCUUCAGCCACUACAGCAAGGAAGGGUGACAGUAAAGAGGUUUGCAGUGGUUCAAGUCAGAGGACCAUGCAGUCGUUUUUCAGUUGCUCAGAAAAGACUACCUCUUUUAAAUCAUUCAAGAAAUCCCCACUGAAACACAUUCUAAAGGACACAUUCAAGUCUUCUUCCGAGAGGCGAUCUGUGCUUGGUGUCUAUAAAUAUGACAAAAAUUCAGAGAGCGAAGCUGAUUCUGGUAUGUCAGAUCACUGCUCUACCACAGGUACGCCAGACAGCUUGUGUUCCACCAAAUCGGAAUUAGACUCACCUGACAUUCAUAUUAAAACGGAGUUGGAUGAUAGGCCUGUGAACAUGGAUUGUGUCGUGCUGGAAAACAUGACACAGGAACCAAAUAAUUCCAGUCAGGAUGUAGAGGCUAGCCCAGAGGCAAAGAAGGCCAGACAAGAUGAGAUCCUGUCCACGGGAUCCUCUGACUCAGGCCCCAGGUGUGUCACGUCCUUCGCCGAUAAUAAGCUUGAUGCCCCCACAAAAGUUCAGAAGAGAACUGUGCCAUUGUCGUUCAGCAUGAAGGAACUUUCCGGAAGAGUGAUGAGACUUCAAGAACAGCGGAAGGGGACUGGAGACGGUGGGCCAAUGUACCGGCGCUUCAGGGCAAAGAUCAGUCCAGGGGAGAACCAGUCUGCGGAGGAUGAACUGAAGAAAGAGAUCAGCAAAGACAUGUUCAAGAAGAUGGAGAUCAUUGGGCAGUUUAAUCUCGGCUUCAUCAUCACCAAAGUGAAUUCUGACCUUUUCAUAGUAGACCAGCACGCCACUGAUGAGAAGUACAACUUUGAGAUGUUACAGCAGCACACUGUGUUACAAGGACAAAGGCUCAUAGUGCCACAGAAUCUUCACCUUACCGCCGUCAGUGAAACAGUGCUCAUGGAUAACCUCGAAAUCUUCCGGAAAAAUGGCUUUGAGUUCUUGAUUGAUGAGGAUGCACAAGUCAUGCAGAGGGUGAAACUGGUGUCCCUGCCCACCAGUAAGAACUGGACCUUUGGCCCAGGUGACAUAGAGGAGCUCAUCUUCAUGCUGAGUGACAGUCCAGGAGUGAUGUGUCGGCCCUCCCGGGUCAGGCAGAUGUUCGCCUCCAGAUCUUGUCGCAAGUCUGUCAUGAUCGGCACAGCUUUGAAUGUCAGUGAGAUGAAGAAACUUGUGGGUCAUAUGGCCGAGAUUUCGCAACCAUGGAAUUGUCCACAUGGUCGACCCACCAUGAGGCACUUGGCAAACCUGGACCUAAUUUCACAGGAUUGAAACUAGCCAAACGCUGCAGUUUUGUGUAGUGAAACCCCCUUUGGUUAGAAUAAUUAGCAUUUCAGCAUACUUGUGCAAAGACCUUUCAAAUAAAUGUGUUUUAACAUUGAUGGUUUUAAUUAAAAGCUCCAUCCUAACGAUUGUUUUAAUGAUGGCAUUACCCUGUUGUUCAGUUUGAACGCUUGAGCGCACAUUAGCCAAAUAUUUGGCAGGUUUAUUUUAUGUACAUAUGACAAAUAUAACCAGUUUAUGUUAUUUUGUAUGGAGUUUUGUACUUUCAGACAUUUAAUAAAAACAUUUAAUAACA